ACAACCAUAAUUUUUCAUGGAGAAAUUUAAUACUCAAGAUUUUUCAUCUAUUACUUGUGAAAUACAUAUCAUAAGAGCAAGAAACAUAAACCAAAGUUCAUUAGGGAAAAACAACUUGUUUGUUAGAUGUUAUCUUCCAACAGGAAACAACAACCAAAGAGUUAAGCUAAAUACUCAAGAAAUCUCAUCAAAAUCAAACUUGUUUUGGGAUGAAUCUUUCUCAUUGGAUUGCAUAGGAACACAUGACUCCAUUAACACGAUGAAGCAAGGAACAGUCGUCUUCGAGCUACGGUCAAGAAGACAUCUUCCAUGGAAAAAUAUUGGUGGCUCACAAGUCUUGGGGAGAGUUGAAAUUCCAUUGAAAAGAAUAUUUGAGUCAACAAGAAUGGAGAUAGAGGAGUGGGCAAUAUUCAUGACUACUUCAAAGAAUAUUAAUGAAGAUGUGAAACCUCCAGCAGUAAAGAUAGCAAUGAAGGUUAACGUAAAUGAGACAACAAAAAUUAAUAAGUUGAGAAGAUCAUGGGAUGAGUCAUGUGCUUGCAAGGGUUAUUGUGGAUGUAAUAGUAACAGUAUUUUUAGUGCUGAUGAUUGUGAAAUAUUUGCAAUUGGAGCUGCUUUAGAUGUCCUUUAGUUUAAGCGAAAAAAAUGGGCAAAGCACUGAGGUGUUCCCCUA